AUGGUCUGCUUGAGUGAUGAUGGAUCUGGUAAGCCAUGAUUGUUUCAUAAGCAAUAACUAUUUCCAUAAGCCAUAAUUACGACAAGACUUGCUACUGAAAAAUAAUCAAUGUUAAGAUGCUCUGUAGUGAUGUAUUAACUCCAUUCUGUUCUCUGUAUUCUGAUACUGGUAUUAAUAGCUGGUUAGUAAAAAAAAUAACUUUUCAUCAAACUGGUCUUAGAAAUGCUGGUGUUAAAUAAGUAAUUUCUCUGUGCCUUCUGCUUCAACAUUUGUCUGAAGGUGGCAGCUGGGCUUGGAAACUAAAUGCCAAAAAGCAAAACAAAGUCUAUUGCGAUUUCAAAGGACAGGAGUGUAAAUCGGUGAAUUCUCAGGCAGGGCUUCACCUGUCAAAGGAGGCGACUUCUUUGCCAAACCUGCCCUCCACCAAAGUGCAGCAGCAGCAGCAGCACCUUCUCCUCCCUGGCUAUUCUCUCUCUUCCUGUUGAUCUCUGGCGAGUGCUUUUGGCAAAUCUUCUCACUGCACAAAGUGUGUUGUUUUUAAUCUCCUCCAAGGUUAGGCCAGGAGGGUGCCGUGGCUCACACCGGCCACCACAGCAGCAAAAGGAGCCUCUCGGUGCUAUGUUCAUUUCUGAAUUUUCUGAUUGUUUGCGAAAAGGUGGGGGGGAGAUAGUCUUUCACUCAGACACUGACAUCUCUAGUGGUCGAAGUGUCCUGUCAGAGGCCUGUAGGCAGCAACAGAGUGCUGAGCUCCUAAGACCUUGGUUGCUGCACCAGGGGCAAAGAGCCCCAGUAAGAGCCUCCCCAUUUACAUGCUUUCUCCCGGCACCAUUUUCCCAAUUGAAGAGCAUUCAGUCUGCAGGUGGAGCCCCUCAGCAAAGAAAAGCCUGGCUGCUAGUUCAAGGAUAUAGCAACAAGCUAAGCAAUAAAGUUACACCAGACUGCAUUAAAAUAGUCGUGUUUCUUUUGGCCUCUUGAUACUUUGUUUUUGUGUCAGCUUCUCCAAUAAUGCUGUUUGCCAAAUUGCAUUGUAUCAUUGGUCCAUAAUCAAUAAUUGUAAUGAUUUCCAUGUCCAGGCAAGUUGUUUUUGCAGCAGUUAAUGGAAGUGUUAUGAGUUCUUUGUUUCUAAUUCGCAACAUAUCAUGACUGUACAAGUUAAGUAUAGGCAGUCCUGGGGUCCUGUCUGUCUUGUAAUUAAAUAUAUUUCUGUAAAUACAUUUUCCCAUAACAUUUCUAUUUUUGGACACUCCUACCACAAGUGCUAAUAUGCCGCUAUAGCAGGACAUCCUCUCCAACACAUGGGAAAACUGUUCGGUUUUAUAUAGGCUAGGAGUUGGUCCAGUCUGUUCCAUGUCUUUUCUUCAGUAUUUAAGUCUCAAUUCAGUUCCCGCCACCUUCUCAAAAUUUUGCUGAGGAAAAAAUUGAACCUCGAUUAUAGAUUUAUACAAAGAUAUUAAUCCUUUUGUUAUUAUAUUAUAUUUUACUCCACUAUAAUUUUUGCAUGCUAUUGUCUCAUGACUUGACAACCAUAUGUCAGGAGUGCUCUGAUGGUGUUUCCUGCUUGGCAGGGGGUUGGACUCGAUGGCCCUUGUGGUCUCUUCCAACUCUAUGAUUCUAUGAUUCUAUGACUUUGUUUUUAAACUGGGAAUUUGUUAAAAAUUGGUAGUCUAAAAAUCGUGAUAUUUGAACAUUUGCCUGUGCAAUUUGCAUCACAGUAAUGGUAAGCAGUCAUCUAUCUUUGUAAAAAUAUUUCAAAUAUUACAAUUGCUUUUCUUUCAACACCUCUAUAUUAUAGGGUCUAUAUUUAUUUUUGAAAACUGGGUAGAAGUGUAAUGGAAUAAUGGGUGAGAAGCCUGCAACCAGGACUUUGCCCAUUUUGUCCAAAUCUUGAAAGUUGUAAGUGUGAAUGGAUUUGUAAGCCAGGUUAAGGUAUUACUUUCAUAAAGACACCAUCUAUUUCCAAGUUCUCUAAUGUACUCUACUGAGCUCCUUUACUGCCAGACAGGUCUAUCAUGUUGAUGAGUGGAUGUGUGUAGUAAUCUUUAUAAGGGCAUCUUGGGAAAUGGCUGAAGGGAGAAGGAGCAGCCUGUAUGAGCCAAAGGGGAUGGUCUUGUGAUAGAAACAGCGUGUGGGAUAAAGUAGUGUGAGGUAGCCUCAGAACACCAAACUUGAAAUUGUUAUUGCCUUGCCAGGCAAAUUGUCUAAACUGGAUUAUGAGAUGGUGACCCUGAUACCAAGUCAAGAUCAGGGAAAACCCCAGGUACUGCCAAAUGAAUGUACAGAGAUUUUUCCACCUAAAGAGCAGUCUAAGUAUUGUGAAAACGGUUUUUCAAGUAAGGGAUGGCUUGUUGAGAAUUUGGGAUAAGGAUAUCAGUAGGAUUUGCCUACCCAUAUCCAGCUUUCAGAAAGAUUACUGAUCCUGGAGUGCUUGAAGCAUGCCCUCCUUGUUUCAACACAUGAAUCUUCUUUCCUUCUUUCUUGGAGAGGAGCCUGGGCUUCUUUCUCUGUGGGUGGGGCUUUCCCCUCCUCCAAGAACGGUUCCUUCUUUGGGACAGAGCCCACAUGGGUGCCUCCAGCACCAGGCCAUGGCCACCGUCAAAGAUGUGCUGGGAGUGGGAGGGAAGAAGAGCUGGGCAACUUCUGAGGGAUCUUGGUGUGUCUCUGCAGCCAAAUCAACCAACAUCUCUCUCUCUCUCUCUCUCUCUCUCUCUCUCUCUCCCCUCCCCCCCUUUCUGCACAGAUGGUGGCACAAGCUCCCUCUACCUCCAGGGUGGUGCAGCUGGGCAGCCCAACCUGCCUCGGCAACGUGGAUUCUGCUUUCAGUGCCCCUUUCCUUGGCACCCCCACAAGCCCCAGCUGGCCCUGCCAGCCCUGCCCACCCCUUCCUCCAGCCUCGCUCCCCUAGCUACUCAGAGUGCAACUUCCCAGGCAAACUUUGGCCUUGGCAACCAGAGCCGGUCUUUGCCCCCACCCUCUCCCAUCAUCAUCGUGCCCUACUACAGCCCGCCCCCUGGCCACAGCGUCACCAGUGAUGCCUCCUCCUCCACCGUCACCUCUGCAGCUUCCAACAAGUCCUUCUAUGCACUCAAUGCCACUGAUGACACCUCCUCCGCUGCUUCCUACCAGGCACCAGGCUACCGAAGCCUGCCCUUGCCCCCCGGCCCUGCCCCCUUCCACCAACCCAACUACAGCCUGCCCCUUGGUCACAAGAUCCCUUAUGGGCCCCUCCCAUCUUCCCCCACUAUCACCUCUGGUGCCUUCUAUGACUCCAUCCAGGGAGAGCCACUGAGUUUCGGUUCUGGCCAACAGAGCGCGCCUCCAUCUCCCAUCUUCUAUGCGGUCAAUGCCAAUGACACCUCCUCCUUCCCCGCUGCUUCCUACCAGGCACCGGGCUACCAGAGCCUGCCCGUGCCCCUGCCCUCCACGCCCAGCCCCUUCCACCAGUCCAACUACAGCCUGCCCAUCAGCAACAAGCUUGGCUACGAACCCCUCCCUUCCUCUCCUCCUCCCUACCAGUCCAUCCAGGGCGAGCCACUGAGCAUUGGUUCUGCCUACCAGAGCCAGCCCCCAUCCCCCAUCUACUAUGCAGUCAAUGUCACUGAUGAUGCUUCCUACCAGUCUGCUGGGCGCCGGGCGCCAGGCCACCAGAGCCUACCCCUGCCCCCUGCCCCCUUCCACCAGCCCAACUACAGUUUGCCCCUCAGCAACAGGCCCAUCUAUGAACCGCUCCCCAUCGCUCCCACCACUUCCUACCAGUCUGGCCAGGGUUACUCACCGGGCUCUGCUGAUGGCCAGUUCUGGUGGGAUUCGUACGCACCACUCCAUGAUGAGUCAACUAUGGGCAGCAUCUUGUCCAGACGAGAACUCUUCACAAACUCCCAGCGAACCCCACUCAGUGCAGGAACCUACUUUGACCAGAACAUAGACGACUCUGCUUUCCACCGGCCUGUCAGGCCCAGGCCUCCCCCCCUCCAAAUGCCCCCCCAAGAAGUGUCCCCCCUCCUUGUGUACCCACCUCCCAUGAUAAAUCCUGAUGCAUCUCCCAUACCUUACCCAAACUUUAACCCUAGAAGGGAGGGUACCAACUUCUAUUAUCCCUCCCCUCUCCGCAUGCUAAUGUUCUUCCCAGACCUGUAUCGAAAGCUGUAUGAGAUUCCGCCCCCAGACAUGGACCAAAGCCAACUCCAUGAUGAGUCAACUAUGGGCAGCAACGUAUCCAGACGAGAACUCUUCACAAACUCCCAGCAAAGCCCACUCAGUGAAGCCUACUUUGUCCAGAACAUAGACGAGACUGCUUUCCAUCGGCCUGUCAGGCCCAGGCCUCCCCCCCUCCAAAUGCCCCCCCAAGAAGUGUCCCCCCUCCUUGUGUACCCACCUCCCAUGAUAAAUCCCGAUGCAUCUCCCAUACCUUACCCAACCUUUAACGCUAGAAGGGAGGGUACCAACUUCUAUUAUCCCUCCCCUCUCCGCAUGCUAAUGUUCUUCCCAGACCUGUAUCGAAAGCUGUAUGAGGUUCCGGCCGCAGACAUGGACCAAAGCCAACUCACUGACCAGGCCCAAAGCCAUGAUGAGCCACCUAUGGGCAGCACCUCGUUCAGACAACAACUCUUCACAAACUCCCCGCAAACCCCACUCGUUCCAGGAACCUUCUUUCACCAGUUCAUAGACGACUCUGUUUUCCUUCGGCCUGGCAGGUCUCCCCCCCCGCAACAAAUGUCCCCCCUCUUUGUGUACCAACCUGGCAUGAUAAAUCCCAAUGCAUCUCCCUUGCCUUACCCAUCCUUUGACCCUAGAAGCGAGGGUACCAACUUCUAUUAUCCCUCCCCUUUCCACAUGCUAAUGUUCUUCCCAGACCUGUAUCGAAGGCUGUAUGAGAUUCCGCCCCCAGACAUGGACCAAAGCCAACUCACUGACCAGAACCAAAGCCAAGCAGCCUCUUCUCAAAGCCCAGCAGUAGCAUCUCAGGCCUUCAACCAGAGCCAGCCAAUGGUCGUGAGGCCAAAGGAGCGCCGAGGCACCGACAGGCAAGCCACCUCCCUGAGCAGCACCAAGUCAAGCAGAGGUGGGUGAGUGUGUAUAUGUGUUUCUGUUGUGUAAGGAAUGUGUGAUGUUUCUGGGCCCUGACUGGGCAUGGUGAGCUGAUCUUCUCACAGAUGGUCACUUUCCAUUGAUAUAGCUCUACCGCAGACAGACACUAUCAAGCCCAAAGAGCUGAACAGUUACAGCGCAACCGAACUCAGGCAGAGUUGGGGCAUUUCCUACCAUAGCUGUCAGGCAUGGGGGAAUCUCUCCUCACCUAGUAGCAUCAAAGAGCAAGGAAGAAACAAAGAAGUUCAUAUUUAUGGUUUUAUUUAGUCAUCGUGGUACAAGGCAAAGAAUCCAGUCCUUAACUCCACAGUAACGUUGCUCGCUCUGAGCUCCUCCUCUUCUUUCCCCAGCAACAGCCCUUGGCUCUAUGAGGGGCCUCAGGAGUCAAAUGUAGCCGAGCCCUUUGCUCUUGAACUCUAAAUGAGCAACAGGUACAUGGGGAUGGUGGCUCUUCUAUGCUUUCCAAGGACAUUUCUGCUGUCAGCACUACCCCUCCUUCUCCUAAUGCCUCAUAACUAAGCUGCUCUGAGUUCUGCUGUAAUUCAAUCGUGUCUCCCUCUUCUCUUGAAAUUAGUAGAGAAGGGGGGAUUAUCACCACCAUUCCUCCUCCAAGGGAAGCAGAGAAGGAAGGGGUGAUCUCCAGCCCUCCUCUUCAGUCGAGUCCCAGACAUCACCCCUUCUACAGAGCCCUCCUCCUCCUCCUUCCCUCCACCCCUUCGGUUUUGGUCUGCUGGGGUGACUUCUAUAAAACUCCUUUUGCAAGUCCAGGGCAUGAACAUAUUCUGCACAUUCCCAUUAUCUUUCUUCUGGCCCAUACCCGCUCCACACAAUCAAGUAUUGCAACCUCUUCCUUCUCAUUUGCGAGUCUAGAAUUUGUUCUACUUCAAACUUUUCCUCUCCUUCUACCAGGACUGGAGGUGGAGGUGUUUGUCUAGGUGCUUAGUAAGGGUGUGCAGGCACCACUGGCAACGACCAGGAUCUAUGGAAUACAGGGUAGAUCUUCAUUGAUACCAGCAACCUGAGCCUGAAAGUCGCAGGAUUGAUCUAUUCUGUCACUUCAAAUGGCCCCCCUCUUUGGCGGUCCAGUUUUCUAUAUCUAUCUUUCUGAAGUAAAUAAUGUGUUGACAACCACAUCUCCCACCUUGAUGUCACUACCUGGCUGUCUAUGCACAUCAGCUGAUUUUUUAUAUGCCUCCUUAGAAGAGUCCAAACGCUCCUUAAGCAAACUCUGGAUAGUUGUCAAUACUUCUACGAAGUCAUCUGCUGCCAGCACUGACAGGGUGUUGGGGAUGGUAUCCAUGACUGGCAAAAAAGGGGGUCUGUUGCGUUGAAGCAUGAAGUGCAUUGUUGUAUGCGAACUCCGCCAAGGGCAGUUUGGACACCCAAUCAUCCUGCUGGUAGUUCCCAUAACUACGGAGAUACUGCUGCAACAUGGCAUUAGUCCUUUAUGACUUUCCAUUCGUCUCUGGGUGUCAAACUGAGGUGAAGCACAACUCUACCUUGAGUAGUUGCAUGAGCUGCUUCCAGAACGUUGAGGUUAAUUGGGCUCACCUGAGAUCACUCUGAGAGCACGUGCAACUUGAACACAUGGUCUACGAAGAGCUGUGCUGUUUCUUGGGCUGUCAGAAGUCCCUUACAGAGCACAAAGUGUGCAGUCUUAGUGAACAGGUAUACCACCAACCAGAUCACUGUCUGCUGCUGCGAUUCCGGCAGAUCAGUGAUGAAGUCCAUAGCUAUGGUUUGCCAAGGGCCUUGUGGGGUGGGCAACGGUUAUAGCAAGCCCGCUGGCACUUCUCUGGGUCUCUUCGCCCACUGACACAUUUCACAGGCUCUGGCAUAUUUCUUGACUUUCUCCCUCAACCUCGGCCACCAGAAUUGCCUCAUCACAUGGCAUAGCGUCUUGUGCUGCCCCAAGUGUCCAGCUGUAGGGUUAUCAUGGCAUUGACGUAAGACCUUGGCUCAGAGGUCUCCCUCUGGAACAUAGAGCUUCUCCUCUAUACAGUAGCCCAUCCUUUUCCAGGAACCUCUCCACAUCACUGGCAUCCCCCCGCAGCACCACUAGCUCGCCUUUCGCGAAUGCAUCCUCCCUUGUCUUCUGCUGGAACUCAGAGACUUCCACAACUGACCCAGCUGCUAGCUGUAGCUGCUCUGGCUUCAAGUUGUGCCUAUACACUGGAACUGGCUCAUCAUCCUGAUAUUCUGGCUUCCUGGAAAGGGCAUCUACUCCUUGAUUCAAACUACCGGCUACAUACUGGAGUCUAAAAUCAAAUUUGGCAAAGAACUGCGCCCAACAAAUCUGCCGUUGAUUGAGACAUCUCAUCAUCUGCCAAUACUCUAGAUUCGGACUUUCAGUGUGCACCUCCACCUGGUGUCACCCCCUCCACACUUCAAAGGCUUCUUUGAUCACUAAAAGUUCCUUCUCCCAAAUGGUGUAAUUCUACUCGGAAGGAGUCAGCUUCCUGGAGUGGAAGGCACACGGGCGUAGGUUGCCAUCUUGGUCUCCUUGAAGCAGCACCACCCCCACCACCCUGUCAGAGGCAUCCAUUUCCACAAUCAGCGACCAGUGAGGGUCUACAUGUGCUAGGUAUACCGUUGAGGAGAAUAUGGUUUUGAAUUCAAAUGCCUGCCACACCUUGGCUGUCCACUGGAAUGGCUUCUUGCCCCUCAAGCAAUCUGUGAGGCAUAGUGAGUCUUGAAUAGUCCGGCACAAACUUGCAGUAGUAGCUGGCAAAACCCAAGAAUCUCUGCAGAUCUUUCUUUGCCUUGGGUUCCUGCCAUGACACUAUGCUCUGCGCCUUAGCAGGAUCCAUGUGCAUCCCCUCCAGUGUGAGGCAGUGACCUAGGAAAUCUACUGUUGAUACACGAAACAGACUUUUCCAACUUGGCACAGAGUUGAUGUUUCCACAGCCUCUGCAGCACCUCUGUCACGUGACGUACAUGUUGCUCUGGGUUCUCUGAGUAUAUCAGCACAUCAAGGUAAACCACCAUGAAUCUAUCCACUAGGCUUCUGAGGACAUAGCUGAUGAAGGCUUGGAACAUUGCUGUCCCUGACUGCAGUCCAAAGGGCAUGACCAGGUAUUCGAAGCUGCCAUAUCUGGUGCAGAACACUGUUUUCCACUCAUCUCCCUCUCUCACACGGAUUGGUUAUAAGGCCCCCUCAAAUCCAACUUUGUGAAGAUUUUUCCUGACCUCAACCUUUCCAAUAAAUCCCCAAUGUGUGGUAGCAGACAGCGAUUGAACACCAUUAUGUGGUUAAUCUUCCUAUAGUUUGUGCACAAUCUAAGUUCUGAGGUACCGUUUUCUUCACGAAUAGCACAGGGGCGCCUCCUGGUGCCUUGGGCGGUCUGAUGAAACCCGUUGCUAGAUUCUUAUCCGAAAACUCUCUCAAAACCACAAGCUCUGCUUGUGGCAUCAAAUAGAUGCGACUGGUGGGCAAUUGCACACCUGACAGAAGAUCUAUUUUACAGUCAUAAAGUCUAUGGGGCAGCUGGCUCUCCUCUCCAGUCAGAGGGCUUACUUGUAUGCAAAGAUUCCACUUAGACCUCUGAGUGUGGAAACAGAUGCAACUUGACUAGUAAAUCACUUAAACUACUCUUAAAUUAGUUGAAAACAUAUUAAAUAUAUUAUAUGGAAGUUUAUUUAAUAUUUUUAUUAAAUCUACUACUUCCUUACAUUUUAAGGCCCUCCACAGCUGCAGAGAGCCUCAGCAAAGCCCUCUACUGCUGCAGGGAAGUGCAGCACAUCCUCCACAGUGGUGGGGAGGUAUGGCAGGACCCUCUGCCACUGCGGGGAGGCCCAGCAAGGCCCUCCACCACCACAGAUAUAUAUCGUGCUAUAUCAUGAUGUUUAACUGGUGAUAUAUUGUGAUGUUGAAAACCAGAUACUGGCCAGCCUUACAGGUAAUAUGUUUCUUGUUUCCUCGGCACCACCACCUUACCUAUCUGAGCAAAUUGCCCUCUAUCCCCAGAUGUUUUAAAAAGGAGGAUUAAUGGAGGAUGAGACUAUCUAUGGUUUAAAAUCAUGGUGGCCAUGGGGCUCUCUCCAGAAUGAAGAGGCAGCGUGGUCCUGAAUAAAUAAUAAAUAAAAACAUCUUUCAUUUUAAUAAAUAAAAUAAAAAUGCAUGUUUGUGGAGGGGGGUUAUUGGUCCGUUUGAUUCUUAAUGUAUUUUUGUCUCGUGUUUAUUUUUAUGUUGUGAACUGCCCUAUGAUCUUCGGAUGAAAGGCAGAAUACAAAUUUAAUAUGCUUCUGGCAUCUGUCUGUCUCAGGAGACAAUGAGCAGUGCACCUUUAUGGGUAAAGUCAGACUGUUGGAGAGUUAUAACAUCUGCUGUAGCUGUAGAAACUGAUAUGGGAGAGACGCGUUAUGUUUCAGCCAAGGCAGAUAAAGGCAUCCAGUUGUGCUGAUGUAGGUGUACCAUGGCAUUUCUUCUUUCUGCACUCCUCCCAGAGGUCUUUUCUCCUCUGGUCACUGCUGUGGAUGCAUGACCUGAUUGAUUGCCUCCAGGCACUGCAAUUGUCUGCAAGAGAUUCCCACACUGUGGGGUUGAUGGUGCCAGCAUUCAUGUUAUAUUCGCAGACAGGUCUGUUGCCUGAAGCCAGUUCUCUGUAGAGCACAUCCUUAGGAAUCCUGCCAUCUUUUAUUUUGCAGACAUGAUCAUGCCAGUGUAGACGUCGCUGAGAGUAGAGUGCAAACAUGCUAGGAAUGUGGGCUUGAGAGAGCACAUUUUUGCUUGAGACACUAUCCUGCCAUAUGAUGCCCAAAAUCUUCCUCAUGCAGUGGGAUCCAACACACGAGCCUAGUAGGCCUUCAUCUUGGUAUUGGUCAUUAGCAUCACAACAAAAAGCUUUUAUCCAAGAGAAGCCUUGCGGUGGGGGGGGGGCGAAUCUCCCUGUGCUUUAAAAAUCAGCUUGGUAUAGGUUGUUAGCAUCACAUUCUGCCAUUACCUUUUGGAAAGGCAAGAAAUUGGUUGUUAAUAGUCAUGGCAGUCACCUUUGUUCUUGUAGAGGGUCACAAUGCUGGAGUCAUGUAUGUCUUGUGGCAUGGAUCCUGCAUCCCAACACAAGAGGAAGUAGUGGAGGUGCAGCAUGAGGGAGAACUUGAGGCCAGUUUUUAGCACUUCUGUUGGAAUUCGGUACUGUCCUGGGACUUUUCCUCAUGCCUGAGAGUUGAUGGCAUUCUUCAGCUCAUCGAGGGAGGGAGGACAUCCAGCUCUCCCAAGACAGGCAGUGUCUGGAUGCUGUCAACUGCUGUGUCAGCAACCAUGUUUUCCCACAAGUACAGUUCUUGAUAGUGCUCUGCCCACUGCUUCAUCUGCUUUCUAUUUCACAAUAUACCAAUAUAUGAUUUCAUAAUAUCUUGGAUCCAUAUACAAAAGGUCAGUUAUGGUUUAAGGAGGGUUUUUUAUUGGUGUUCAUCUGUCUCAAGAGACAAUGAAGUGUGUCUCCAGGGGUUUAAGGAGUGAUACAUAACUUUUUGGGUGCCUUCGGUUAUGACUGAAUUUCAAGCAGAAUGUCAAAUUAUAUUAAUGAUUAUAUGAGUGAAAAUAAAAUAUAAGGUUGAACAGUGUCUUGGCAUGUUACAUUCCAAUAAUUAACAAACUAUUUUUCAAUAAAUAUUGUUUAGUGCACUUCAUUCAAUCUCUCUUUCAUAAUAUGCAAGUUUUGUCAACAGGACUAAACCCUAUAUUCUUUUGUGCCAUUGGAGGAUGUCAACCAGCAUAUCUACAAACACACACACAUCACGUUUCUCUAUCCAGGCAAGUCAGAGGCACCUCAAGGACACAUCCUGCACAGGCAAAAGCACUCAAGGAGGGCACGGAGGAUGUCCAGUGAGGGUGCAGUAUGGGGACAGUCCUAAGGGGGCUGCCCUGGCCCUAAGGCUUCCCUGAGCAAAUGUAGCACUUCGUUGGGUGUCCCCUCAAGGAGGAGUUGGGAGAUCUGCUGCCUACUGCGGUAUCCUGCUGGACUGACUGGAAAUCCCCCCUUGGUCCUUACAGAUCCCAAACUGGUAACCAUGGAGCGCAUCGUUGGAGAGAUUGCCUUCCAGCUGGAUCGCAGGAUCCUCUCCAGCAUCUUCCCUGAUCGGGUCCGCCUCUACGGUUUCACCGUCAGCAGCAUCCCUGAGAAAAUCCAGCAGGUGAGGGGAGAUUCCCCUGCCCCCCACUCCCCAGUCCUAGCCCUGCUGUGGUGUGUUGACAGGGUGCAAUUGAAGAAGAUAGAGGAACAGGAACCCUGAAAGCUGCAGCCCAGAGAUGGGAAGACGCAGGCCUAGGGGCUAAACAUGGCCCCUGAGGCCUUUCUGUUUGGCCCCCCAGGACUUUCCCCAGGCCACAUUCCUCUGGCCCUGCUUUGCCCUUGUCCUGGCUCCUACCCAACACCUAGAGGAGAGAAAGACACCUUUAUCCAGGCAAGUAAUGGUACAGUUUCAGCAGCAGACACCAUGCUCAAGCAUCGCAGUUCAGGAAUUUAGGAGCAGGCCAAGGAGUUAAGGACUGGCGUGGGACGCUCACUCACAAGAUUCCCUUGUCGUGCGGGAAUAUCAAGACUGCAAGAGUGCACACCAUCGGAGUGGGGAAGUCUGCUCCAUCUGCAAAGGCACUGUCAGCUUCUAGGCCACAAGGCUACACCCUCCAGCUCAGGAUCCUGGUCAGUCACUGCUGCCUCCUGUCCAGCCUCCAGUGAGUGGAUCAAAGCCCUCCAUUGAGUCUUCCUGCUCCACAGGAAUGUCAGGAAGAGAGACGACACCCCUGCUCGCCCUUCCAAAGUGACCAAAGCCAGGGUGGAAAGGAGAUCCCACUUCAACCCAGGUUCCCCAGCCCUCACCCCCGUUUCUUCUGCAUCCUCCAUCAGAGCCUGCCAAUCCCAGCCCAGUUUUGACAGAGCUGCUGGGCUUAUGAGGUCACUCUCUUUGAGUGUUUUUGUCUGGAUGGAAUGUGUGUCUUUAAUCUCUUUAUAAUGGCUCCGGCUUUCCUGGAUGAAGAAUGGAGAGUGGUACGUGAGUGACUAUAGAAAGCAGCCACUCUUUUCUGUAGGUAAAAACAACAACUGUUGCUCUGCCCACUCGUGCCUCUGGCUCUGCCCACCACUGACGUGCACCCCAAAUAAAGUAACCUAGAAGAGGAUGUGGCCCUCAAGCUAAAAAGUUUCCCUUAUUGCAACUCCUGCCGUGGCCUCUUCUUCUUUCAAAGAUGUGUUUAUAGGAAGAAUCCGUUUAUUUCCACUUCUCUCCGUUAUGAUGUCCAAUUCACCACCUGCAUCAGUCUGCAAAGUAUUUUUAACGCACUCACAAAAACUCAUCAGGCUCUUAAAAUGCAUUUAUCCUGAUUUAUCCAUUUUUAUACGCAUUUUUGCGUAAUAUAUGCAUUUCUACAAACAAGUUUCUCCAGUCAAUAUAAUGCAAUUGUCUGUGUUCUUUUCAUUAACACCUUUCGUACAUUAUUCUAUCUGCAUCUCUCUGCACAUUUAUUGGUUGGAGAAUGGGUCCAUAAAUUCCAGCUGGCACAGAAUGUUGCAGCCAGAUUGCUGAUGGGAGCUUCUGGCCAAGAACGUGGUUGCAGAGGAUGGCAACCAAGAUGAUCAAGGGUCUGAAACCGAGCCUUAUAAGGAACGGCUGAAGGAGCUGGAUAUGUUUAGCCUGGAAGAGGAAACUGAGAGGAGAUGUGAUAGCCAGCUUCACCUAUCUCAAGGGCUGUCACAUGGAAUAUGGAGCAAGCUUGUUUUCUUCUGAUCUAGAGGGUAGAACUUGAACCAGUGGAUUCAAGUUAUAAGAAAGGAGAUUUCCACUAAACACCAGGAAGAGCUUUCUGACAGUAAGAGCUAUUCGAAAUUGAACGGUCUCUCUUGGGACUCUCCUUCCUUGAAGGUUUAUAAGCAGAGGUUGUGUGGCCACCUGUCUUGAAUGUUUUAGUUGAGAUUCCUGCAUUGCAGGGAAUUGGACUAGAUGAUCCUUACAGUCCCUUCCAACACUACGAUUCUGUCAGGUGUGCAUGAAGCCAAGCCCUGUGACCAAUAGGACUCUGCAGGACUGGGGCCUUCCUCAGUUUGUUCUGAAGAAGCAAGGCGCGGCCACACAGGUGAGGUUGAUUGGUAACUCACAGCACCUGGUGGCAAGAGCCGGGAAGGGAUAUAAGGUCAGCAUUUUCCCUUCAGCUCUUUGCCACAGCAGCACGUUCCCUACCCUACCUUGCUGUGUUUGACUCCUUGACUCCUUGAUCCUUGGACCCUUGACUUUGUGACCCCUUGCUUCUUGAUCCUUGGACCCCUGACUUCGUGACUCCUUGCUUCCUGACCCUCAGACCCUUGGCUUCUUGACUCCCGGCUCUCUGACCCUCGGACUCCUGGCUUCUGGACUCCCGGCUUCUUGACUCCCAUUCCUCAGACCCUUGGCUUCUUGACUCCCGGCUCUCUGACCCUCGGACUCUUGGCUUUCUGACUCCUGGCUUCCGGACUCCCGUUCCUGCUCCCACCCUGCCAUCUUGCCCCCGGUCCCGACGUCCCCAGCCAGGACUUCAAUCGCUUGUGAACCAGACCGUGACAGAUUCUAUGAACAUGUGACACCAUUGUUAAAACAGCUGCACUGCCGUCCCAUCUACUAUUGAGCCAAGUUCAAGGUGGUAUUAAUUUACAAAGCCUUGAACAUCUAUAGGAAUGUCGUUGGUUGUUCCCCAAGUUGGUGAUGCUCACUUGACAAUGAGAAACCAAGUCUUUAGUGCCAUAAACCCAGUCAAUAAAGAUUCAGCAAAAGCCUGCUGAAAACCUUUCUAUUCUGCAAGGCCUAUGCAGGCAGUUCAGAUUGUAUCUUUCCACAAUGGUUACCUGAUGCUUGUUUUUAACCUUUUUACACUUUUAGUGUAUGGUUUUCUAUAUUUUUAAUGUUGUAAACUGCUUUGAUAUAUUUUUAUGAUUGAGUAGUGUGUAAAUAUUUUUUAUAAAUAAAUAAACUGCGUCGCAAGAUCCAGAGGAGCAUGAAUCUCAAAGGGUAGCUGCGUUUUGCGUCACUGUUUCAAGAAAUGCAAUUAAAGAACUUCAUUUUAAAAGGCAAAAUGAACCAAAUAUCUCCCCCCCUGGUCCCUCAUUUGUAGUGGUGUCAAGUUCACUCCUUUUUCCUUUGGUGCAAAACAAUAAAGAGAAGUCAGCCUCCAUAUCCCUCCUGCGCCAUGUAUUGCUAGGGAGAUUCAGGCAGCUUCUGAACAGCCCUGCUUUUUGCUAUUUUCAAGUGGCAAAGAACAGAACAGGAAGCAGCCCCCAUCCCACAAGGCGAGGAAGCAGCAUAGCCCCAGAUACGCAAACACAGGGCAAAUUUUGUGGUUUCUCUGACCCCUCUCUUUCCAGCACCAACCUGUUAAAUGCGAACUAUUUGGCUCCCUCCAUGCUCAGAAUGCAGCCUUGCCUACGUAGCUCAAUCUAAAAUGAUUUUAGUGAAUCACUUUCUAAUAAAUAAAUAAAUUGAUUAAUAUGAUAAAUAUUUUUUUUCCUGUUUGAUUAAGCUUAAGGGUAAUUUUUGGUUUACGUAAGGCCCUAGUGAUAUCUGCGUUAAAUGCAGUAGCCAUUGUCUUCCGAGAGAUGGAUGCCAACAACGAAGGAAGCAGAAAUGUACAGUGGUACCUCAGGUUAAGAACUUAAUUCGUUCCGGCGGUCCGUUCUUAACCUGAAACUGUUCUUAACCUGAAGCACCACUUUAGCUAAUGGGGUUUCCUGCUGCAGCCACACCGCCGCUGCACGAUUUCUGUUCUCAUCCUGAAGCAAAGUUCUUAACCCAAGGUACUAUUUCUGGGUUAGCAGAGUCUGUAACCUGAAGCGUUUGUAACCUGAAGCGUAUGUAACCCGAGGUACCACUGUGGCUGCCUAUUCGCAACAUGUGCCUACAACUUUCUCUGACUUUGGGGUUUGAACUCUCAAACUGACUGGCUAGGGUUGAUGGGGGGAUAGCAGCUCCAAACCAAAGGAGGGUGCCAGCUUGGGGGUGGGGAACUGGCACUGACCAUAGGGAAUAAUCAAAGAUGCCUCUCCCCCCUCUUCUGAAGGUGCCAGGAGCGGCAGGAGUUUUUCCCAUUUGACCCUCCUGGCUGCAUAAACCUGCAGCUCCCUAAAGGCGGCUGGGGAGGCUGGGCUUCUUCUCGGGGGCUCAGAAACCCCCUUUUCUGACGCUGCCUCUCUCCCCACAGGCAGCCAAUGACCCCCUGUCUCCAAUGUCAGCAGAGGAGCACCAAUCCAUGGUGGAGCGCUACGACACCAUCAUGAAUAUGCUGAAGCCAAAGGGCUAUGACCCAAACUUCCACUCCAAGUUCACAGAGCACAUUGUCAACACCUACGGAAUCCUGAAGGAGCGCCCAGAUGCGGCAGGCCCCGAAGGAGACGUCUACAACAACCCGAGCUACCUGCGGCAGGUGAUUGAGCAGAUCGUGCCUCCGGAGAAGAUGACGGACUGCCUGACCCUGCUGGACUGCCUCAGUUUCAUGGCGUCCACGGACGGGAAGCCCUUGUUCAUCUGGUGA